AUGCUGCAGCACCACCUCUAUUUUAUCUUACUCAGGGAGAAGAUGUACCCUACUGCCGAACUUGCGGUUGACAACAGAAGGGUUCAAUCACCAUCAAAUAUUGCUCCGAUCGAUGUCGAAAUCGAAAACCAGAGAACCGCUGCCAAAUCCGAGUUAACCAAGGGCGGCCGACGUAUCAUUGUGACAUGUGAUGAGCUCAAAGAGAUUAUCUUCGGCAGUAAACACGAUCCCGCAAAGACAUUUGGACGCAAGGAGAAUCGCGCAACCGGUGCAUUUCAAGGAGAAGGCGAAUGGAAAAGUGUCGACGUGGAUGAAAAUCACGAUGGCCACUCGGAUCAGGAUUUGUCGCUAGUAGAGGCAACUCAUCCGCGAAUCCGUCCAAAGGUUCGACCUCCUCAGCUAGAAUCCGACGUCAGCGGUAGCAUCGGUGGAGAGAAAGGUUGGGCCGAGCGUCACUUUGAAACAGCCGAAGAGUACGAAAAGAGGUUGGAGGGACAGCAGCGUGCCGAAGAACGCGAGAUGAUUCGGCGAGCUGCAAGGCGAGGUGUUACUUUUGGCUUUGAGGUGGGCUUGCCACAAUCGGAUUACCAAACACAGCAGGUCAAAGGAAACUCAGGGUCGGGUCGAGAUGAUAUCAACACCGAGAAUCGACCAUCCCAACAGCGGCGACGAAAAUGUGAAGCGGUAAUGAAUGGUUCAGUAGUUGAACCCAGUUUCGCCAAAGGCAAUUGGGUUAUUCGGUGGAGGGAGUAG